UCUAUCUCAAAUCAAAUGUUUGGUACCUCCGAAGGCUCUGAUGCCCUACUAAAUAGCACUAUUUCUCCUCCCUCCCUUCUCUCUUCCUCUCCCUCCACUGCUCUCUAAUUUCCCCACCAAAGUCAAUAGCUUCGGUUCGAUUGAGGAGCGAAAACCAGAGAACUCUCAUUUUCUGUUAUUGUCGCUUCGUUGCCUCUCAACUUUGUCAUCUCUCAUUUCUCAAUCUCCCUUCGACACGCAAGUACAGAUUACUUAAGUAAGCUACAAUGGGGGACAGGGAAAUUGUGGUUGCCCAAACAUCAAGUGUUAUGGAAUUCUCUUCCUCAGGCUAUACUUCAACUGAGUACUCUGCUGUGAGUUCAAAUGUUACUUCAGAUGGUGUUUCUUUCACCACUGGGGCAGCGGUGGAUGCAACUACUUCAACCAUUCCAACAGAUACCGCAUAUCCCUUGUCGGAAAUUCCUAGUUUAGCUGAUGGAAAUGCAUACGAUACACAUCCUAGUUAUGAUACACAAGAGCCUCCUGUUACCUCAGCGAAUGAGUCAAAGCCAGUCAUUGGUGUGGAGAAUACGUCUGAGAAUCUUAUCAGCCAGGAGAAUGUAGUACCGGAUUCAGCUCAAGUUGUUAGUUAUGAUUCUUCUGCAAAUGGCAAUGGUGUGAGUGAAAUGAGAAAUUUUACUCAUACAGGAAGGGUUGAAAAUGGGUCUGCUUCAAAUGAUGCUGGUGGAGCUGCUGAGCAACUGUUUGAAGAGGGUUCUGCACUUUCUGCAGAAGCAGAACGGUUGUGGAGCAUAGUGAAAGCUAAUUCUUUGGACUUCAAUGCAUGGACUGCCCUCAUUGAAGAGACAGAGAAGGUUGCAGAGGUUUGUUGAUACAAUUCUUCAAAUUG